AUGGUGUUUCGACGACAGGUUGAGGUCAACCUGCCUCCGUUGCCGCUGGACGUCUCGAUCGUCAAGAAUGCGCUGGUGAAGAAGUACCGUAUCCGACGACGCCAUGCCAUGCGCCACCAGCAAUACAGCAACGGCGUCGAAGCCGUGAAAUUCUACCAGAAGCAGGCAACAAACAUGGAAGAAUGGGAGCAACGACAGUACAUCAAGCUUGUGACAGAUGGCUGGUUCGUUAUCGAGGCCAGCGCCGCAACCAAACCAUCCAACCAUCGAGCCCAUCGCAACAAUGUUGUACCAUACUCCUGGGCCAAAUGGGUGCUUCUCAACGCAUUGUACCCUGAUGGAGUUGACCAUCACAAGAUGGAGGCGAGAUGCCGUUUCGGCAACCACCUCAUAUCCGAUUUCACGGGCGAAUACGGCCAGUACCAUCCUCUCCACGGCCGUCGCAACACAUCCGCUCCCACCUUGGCUGCUUCUGCUGAGAUCGAAGCUGCUGCCGGCAGCGACGCUGCCAACGACGAACAAUCUAGCGUCGACGAACAAUCUAGCGUCGACGAACAAUCUAGCGUCGACGAAAAUGUCACAGCUGCCCCCAACCACGAAGCCGCCGUCAACGAAACGCUUGAAAUUGCUCGACCGGCUCUUGGCAACGAGACUCACGGCGAUCGACAAACGCCAAGCGGUACUUUCUUGAGUUUGCAAGAACGGGAAGCCUUGUCCAUGACCGUCGAGGACCGCGUUGUGAUUGAAGUCAGCCAGCAGAUAACCAGCCAGAGUAUGCUGCUUCUCGCUGGUCCGGUGUUGACAGGGAUCAUGGAUCCUCUCAUUCGACAGAUCGUUGACGAACAACUCGCAGCCCAUGGAAUUGACGACCUCGAUGCCAUGAUCCGACAGAUCAUUAAUGAGCAACUCGCUGCAGCCGGUUUGGUUACGCCUGGUGGCGACGCUGUUGCCGAUCAAGUCGACGGCGACGACGAAUUCGAUGAUGACGACGAAUUCUACGAUAUUUGA